CAAAAGACUCCAUACCGCGUCAAGAACCGAGCUGCCGCCAAACGAAGCCGAGAGAAGACGAAACAAUCCGAGAUCAACCUUACUGCAAAAGAGAGACAGCUUUCACAAGACCGACUUCAUCUCUAUGCUUGUAUCACGACACUCAGAAACGAAGUGCUCUCGCUAAGGACUCAGAUUCUCGAGCACGGCGGUUGCAAUUGCGAGAUGAUUCAGGGUUACAUCACAAGGACGGCCAACGAUGUCAGUGUUGGGGGA